UAGGCCGCCAUUGAAAAUAAGAAUUUGUUCUUAACUGACUUGCCUGGUUAAAUUUUAAAAAAUGUAUUUACAGUUCAGGAGUUACAACCUGCCCCCUGGCUUUUAGCUGUGAUAAAAUAAGCUUGAGGCUCAAAAUGGUGAGAGAAACAGGUGAGCAUGUGUUGAACCUUCUGAAAAGUAUUGCUUUGUUUUCAUGGCAAAUUAUUUCAGAAUGUCUCCAACUGUUACAGCUACUGCAAUGGCUGUAGAUGGCUGUUGUUCAAAUGGAAUCGGCUAUAUUGUGACUAUGUCCAAAGAGAAUGCUGGAUUUGGUGGGUAACUCUAAACUCCAACUGUCCUCCAAGUCACAGCAAAUCCCAUAAUCAAAAUGAGUAAUUAUUUUGCUUACAAGAGACACAAUGCAUGCAGUUUUGUGGGGACUCUCUCUGUACCCAUUGAUGUUGAAAGUAUAACGUCCGCAGUGUGUCCAUCAAGCACAUUUUUUGAUGGAUUCAAUCUAUAAGGAAUAGCUCUGAACCGUAUGCAGAAGGAAAAGGUUCUGUGUAACUGCAUACUCCUAUGCAGUGGCCUAGCCUACCUUGAAGUAUUUAACCCCCCACCCCCCAAAUGCUUCUCACUGCUUCUCAUAGCAACCCAUAGCAACUACCUCUGUGGCAACCGGAAUGUAGGACAACUCACCUCCCAACUGAAGCAACCAGCUUUUCGGACGGUCCAAGAUGCCAUUGGUUUGUUUGAGCCCACAGCAGGAGUGGCCUGCGAACUUGUCCAUCAAUAAUGUAUCUUGGAUUACCUUUCUAAAUUCUUCAGCUCAUUCUUAGGUGAGGACCGGUCGAGGUGAGCCUGUGUGCCGUUAGCGCUGGGUGUCGGGGAAACCUUUGCCUAUUCACGUGAGAAAAGAAGAGCCCUGAGAAGAAGAGCGACAAAUGGAGCUAAUGGGAUCCACCUUGACGGCGGAGUACACCCGACCCAAAACCAGCCAAUACUUCCCAGCCAUCUCCAACAUGGUGUCCUCCUACCGGAGCAACCAGCCUGUGCUGGCCAUGAACCCCAGUGCCAACCAGCCCUGGAGGACUAACGCCUACUACCGCACAGGCAGCGCUGCCGCCAUCCCCUCCCUCUCCUCCAUCCAGAGGGAGAACCUAGGCUUCGACCUGGUCCGAGCCAAGACUAUGUUCUACCCGUCAAACCGGUCAGCCAUGAUCACCCGCUACACCCCAGACGACUGGUACAAGUCCAACCAGAGCAACUACCGUGAGUCGGAGUCGUCCAGGAACAGUGCGGAGCGGCUGAGAAGGGAUACCAUUAGGUUGAUGCAAGAUAAAGAGCAGCUGACAAGGAGGACCCAGGAGACCACCAGUAAGAACAUCGGGGAACGCCUCAACGACAUCAGUUUCUGGAGGUCAGAGUUGAACCAUGAGAUAGACAACAUGGUGAGCGAGAUCAUGGCCCUCACUGAGGUGAAGAGAAGGCUGGAGAGAGCCCUGCAGGAGACGGAGGGGCCUCUGCAGGUGUCCCAAGAAUGCCUGUAUCACAGAGAGAAGCGAAUGUCCAUUGAUCUGGUUCACGACAACGUGGAGAAAGAUCUCAUAAGGGAAGUGGAGACCAUUAAGUCAUGCCAGGAGAGGAUGAGGAGACAUCUAGACAAAGCCAUCGCUCAACUAGCGUCAAACCGAGCAGCUCAGCAUGAGCUGGAGAGAGACCUCAGUGACAAGGUGACAGCCCAGAGAAUAGAUAAUAGGUGUCACCAUCUCAGGAAUGCGUCAGACGGGAUCAGCUACUACAGAGGGAUCGAGAGACUGGACCCAUCGCUCUCCCUGCCCGACUCGUGGUCAAAGUUCACGGAUGACAACAUCCUUCACUCCCAGAGCGAGCGGGCGGCUUCCCACAAGCUGCGUGAUGUUAUUGAGAUCCUGCUGAACGUCACGUCCAAUGAGAUGUGGAAACAUUUCAACACUGUCAACGUGGCCUUCACCAACCGCAUGUCAGAGACCGCCGACGCCAAGAACAGCCUGCAGACACACCUGGCUAAGACCCUCCAGGAAAUCUUCCAGACAGAGAUGCUGAUAGAGAGCCUGAAGAAGGCUCUGAGGGACAAGGAAUGCCCCCUGAAGGUGGCCCAGACCAGGCUGGACGAGAGGACACGCAGGCCCAACGUGGAGCUCUGCAGGGACAACCCACACCACAGACUGGUGGGAGAAGUGAGGGAGAUAGAGGACACCAUCCACAAGCUGCGUGAGAGACUGAUGGAGGCAGAGAACACCCUGCAGAAGCUGGUGAAGACCAAGGCUGCCCUGGAGCAUGACCUCUCCAUCAAGGCUAACUCCUUGUUCCUGGAUCAGGAGAAGUGCAUGGGCAUAAGGAAGAGCUUCCCCAGCACCCCACGCCUGGUGGGAUACACCUAAAGCCAUCACAUACAGUGCAUUCGGAAAGUAUUCAGACCCCUUGACUUUUACAGCCUUAUUCUAAAAUGGAUUAAAUGUUUUUUCAAAAACAUUUAAUCCAUUUUAGAAUAAGGCUGUAUACAUUUUAGAAUAACGUAACAAUGUGGAAAAAGGGAAGGGGUCUGAAUACCUCCCGAAUGCACUGUACAUGUAUACCACAGGAGGUUGGUGGUACCUUAAUUGUGGAGGACGGGCUCUUGGUAAUGAAUGGAGCGGAAUUGGUGGAAUGGUAUCAAAUAAAUCCAACACAUUGUUUCCAUGUUUUUGAUGCCAUUCCAUUUGCUCUGUUCCAGACAUUACUAUGAGCCGUCCUCCCCUCAGCAGCCUCCACUUAUGUAUACCAUAAGAGUGGUGGGCUACACUUGAGCAAUGACAAAGUACUGUACACACUAACUAAGGCCCAGAAUGUUUCCUGGUCAAGAGCAUUGCACAAGGGAAAACUCCUGGAUCCUAUAGCAAUGAGCAUCAUAUAGGGAUAGGGAAACGCAUAUCCUUUCCAUGCUAUUGUACCGACCUGACCUAUACUAUUCUGGCUCCGCUUUUCACAUUUUCCUUUCUAGCAUGGUUCCAGCCAAGCCAAUCUGCGCUAUACUGCUCUGGCCUGGUUCUUCCUACGCUGAGGAACCAGAUCAGAGCAGUAAUAGUCAGAUGGGCGUGGCUUGGCAAUAGAGAAUGAUAGAGGACUCUAGUGCACAAAAGCUUGAUUUAGCAUGAGCACCGCCAUUGAGGACGUUCACCAUUUGGGAGUCGUCAACUGGGUGUGACUUCCUUUAGGUUAAGGAAUGAUUAAAUAAUGUUGUCCAGGUCAUCAGGAGAGAUCAGCCAAUUAAUUUUACUUGUGAGUAAACAUUCCAUGACUGCAGGUGGCAGUAAAUCGCUAACUUUGGCUUUAUACCUUUUCAAACAACACACUACCGGUGGCAGUAUAUACCAUUUCAGUUUGUUUGCCAACUCAUAUAUGUAGUAGAAGAAAAACAUUGAUAACUUCCAAAAUGUAGAUAGCCUCAAUGGCGCAUGCUCUAACAUAUGCCAUAAUGGGACAGAUACAAUGAUGUGAUUUCUAUCUAAGUCUAUGGUGGAACAUUAUCACGACAAUAUAUUAUCAGGUCUGGGACUCAGGUUAGGGGACAGCCCUAUUGGUCUGACAGUCCAUGGAAACCAAACAGUGGUUCUGGGCGGGCAGCAGAUGUGGCAGUAAUCUCCAAACAAACAUACAGGAUUAGCUCCUGUAGCAGAGAGGCUAGAACAAAUAUAUAGGCCUCUGGAGGGUUACUUAGUCAACCUCUGAUCUGUCAGAGUCAAUAACUAGCCUGGAUGAUACCUUUGUGAGCCAUUGACACUCACUGGUGGUGGUUUUACUACUGUUUGAAAGAAAACUCAGGCCCUGGAAAGACACUAAAAGUUCAAGUGAAACUGACACAGGUGGCCAUUUUUUUUAUUACUUAUUUUUAAACCAUUCAGUGAGUGAGAUUUAUUGUAUUGUCAACUUAAUUUAGUAUUUGAUUGCCUUUACUGGUGGUAUAUAAAUAAUUUGACACAAUGGUGGAGCUGUGUAUAUAGUACAUCCACCCAUCUUCUCCUUCUCCCUGUAUAGAUUAUACCUAUCCCCCUCUUCUCCCCUUUCCUUCUCAUCCUCUUCCUGAUGUCUUUAUAGUCCAGAAUUGGGCUAUAAAUUGGGAAUUGUGAUGGAUUGCUGUAAUAGUUUUCCAGACACAUACGAUAACACACAGAGAAAGGCAUUACCCUGUAGCACUCACUUCUGUCAUCAUGAAGUCCUUUGAGAGGCUAGUUAAGGAUCAUAUCACCUCUACUUUACCUGACACCCUAGACCCACUUCAAUUUGCUUACCGCCCCAAUAG